UCCGCGCGCCUCCCCCUGCCGGGCGCGCUUCCGUCGAGUCCCGCUCAGGCGCGUCUCCCUGAGGAGGUCGUCGUCGGCUCGUCUCCGGGCUGGAGCGGUUCCUUCGCGGGCGCCCUGGUCCCGCCUCCGGGCUGGUGGCGCUCGCGGGGCAUCGUGCCGCGGGCGACGCCGUCCGCUCCGGACGCUCGGCCCGCGAGCUGGCCCCACGCCGUCCCCCCGGCCCCGGACGAGGCCCCCGCGCCCUGCGGGGCUCCGGAAGUGGCUGCGGGACGGCCGGGCGCGGCCGCUGAGGGAGGGCGCGGGAGGCCCGCCGCGUGCGUCCGGCCCCGGAGCCGGGGGCACCCGCUGGGCGGUGGGCGUGGCCAGCUUCGGGUCGGGCUCGGAGGGAAGGCGGGUCCCCGGAGCGGGUCGCGGACCCGCAGGGAGCAGGGGUCCUGUGACGUCAUCUCAGGAAUGCGGUCGGGGCUGCCGGAGGACCGGGCGGGUCGGGACGCGGGCGGCCGCAGUUAGAAGCGCCCGCGAGGGGCAGGAGGAGCACCUGCCGGCUGGGCCCGCGCUUGCCGCCGCCGCUCGGCUGGGAGCACCGCAGGCCCUGGAUCCCCGCGCCCUCAGCCCGGGUCAGCACUUCUGAGCGCGCGGGAGGGCUCCAGGGAUACGUCUCUCCUCCGGAGCCGCUCCCUGUCCCCGCCAGGGCCCGGCCACCGGGAUGCACACGCCGGUGGAGGAAUCCCUCUUGGGGAUCAUCGCCUGCUACCAUCAGUACGCCGCUCGGGAGGGGGACGUGGAGACCCUGUCCUUGGAGGAGCUGAAGGCUCUGCUUAUGGACAAUGUACCCCACUUCAUGGAGAGCCUGGGCCGGAAGGAGCCCUACUACCUCUCGGAGUUGUUCCGGGCUGCAGACAAGAACAAGGACAAGCAGAUCUGCUUUGAUGAGUUCCUGUUCGUCCUGGGCCGGCUGCUGACCGACUACCACCUGCUGUACCACCGGCGGCUGUGCGCCUGCUACUGUGCCCAGCACAGCCUGCACUAGAUGGAGACGCGUGGACCUGCCCAGCCUGCACUAGAUAGAGAGGCGGCAGCCCAGCCUGCACUAGAUAGAGACACACUAGCCCAGACAGCACUAGGUAGAGACGCACUAGCCCAGCCUGCGCUAGAUAGAGAGGCGCCAGCCCAGCCUGCACUAGAUAGAGACGCACUAGCCCAGACAGCACUAGGUAGAGACGCACUAACCCAGACGGCACUAGGUAGAGACGCACUAGCCCAGUCUGCACUAGAUAGAGACGUGCCAGCCCAGACAGCACUAGAUAGAGACGCACUAGCCCAGCCUGCACUAGAUAGAGACGCGCCAGCCCAGACGGCACUAGGUAGAGACGCACUAGCCCAGUCUGCACUAGAUAGAGACGCACUAGCCCAGACAGCACUAGAUAGAGACGUGCCAGCCCAGACAGCACUAGAUAGAGAGGCGCCAGCCCAGUCUGCACUAGAUAGAGAUGUGCCAGCCCAGACGGCACUAGGUAGAGACGCACCCAUCUGCCUAGCCUGCGCUGAUAGAGAUGCGCCCGCCUGCCUAGCCCGCAGGUGCUGCCCAGGAGUUGGAGCCAGAGCCACUGCAGAGCUUUGCCCCGCUUGUUGGCAUGUGCCAGAACGGGCACUCCCCUGUGCACACGUGUGUGCAAUGCACAGCUGUGAGGGAAGAGAAUAAAGCCAUCCCACAAACAU